GCCGCGCCCGUUGGCGGAUCGCGACCUCCCUGCCCGCAGCGGGCUCCUCCUCCCGCAUGGAGCGCCGCUGAGCCCGGGGUGGUGCUGCAUUGUUGUCCCGCGAGCCCCUGCCCGCGCCGGGGUGCCCGAUCGGCGGCCGCGGGGCCCCGCGCUGUCUUCGCGUGUUCUGUGUGUGUACAUAUCUUGCUCUUACAUUGAUAAAUAUACGUAUAUUGAGCGUGUCCACGUCUCCUCGCUGAACCUUAGGCACCCUUUGGCACAAUGUCCUGUGUGCAUUAUAAAUUUUCCUCUAAACGCAACUAUGACACGGUCACCUUUGACGGGCUGCACAUCUCCCUCUGCGACUUAAAGAAGCAGAUCAUGGGGAGAGAGAAGCUGAAAGCCGCCGACAGCGACCUGCAGAUCACCAACGCGCAGACGAAGGAAGAGUAUACUGAUGAUAAUGCUCUAAUUCCUAAGAAUUCAUCUGUAAUUGUUAGAAGAGUUCCUAUAGGAGGUGUUAAAUCCACAAGCAAGACAUAUGUUAUAAGUCGAACUGAACCAGUGAUGGGAACUACAAAAGCAAUUGAUGACUCUUCUGCAUCUAUUACUCUGGCCCAGCUUACAAAGACUGCCAAUCUGGCUGAAGCCAAUGCUUCCGAAGAAGAUAAAAUUAAAGCAAUGAUGUCACAGUCUGGCCAUGAAUACGACCCAAUUAAUUACAUGAAGAAACCUCUCGGACCACCACCUCCAUCUUACACAUGUUUCCGUUGUGGUAAACCUGGCCAUUAUAUUAAGAAUUGCCCAACAAAUGGGGAUAAGAACUUUGAGUCUGGGCCUAGAAUUAAAAAGAGCACUGGAAUUCCCAGAAGUUUUAUGAUGGAAGUAAAAGACCCUAACAUGAAAGGUGCAAUGCUGACCAACACUGGAAAAUACGCAAUCCCUACUAUAGAUGCAGAAGCGUAUGCAAUUGGGAAGAAAGAAAAGCCACCCUUCUUACCAGAGGAGCCAUCUUCUUCUUCAGAAGAGGACGACCCGAUCCCAGAUGAACUGCUGUGUCUGAUCUGCAAAGACAUUAUGACUGACGCCGUCGUCAUUCCCUGCUGCGGAAACAGCUACUGUGACGAGUGUAUAAGAACAGCACUCCUGGAAUCGGAUGACCAUACCUGUCCAACUUGUCAUCAGAAUGAUGUCUCUCCUGAUGCUUUAAUCGCCAACAAAUUCUUACGACAGGCUGUUAAUAACUUCAAAAAUGAAACUGGCUAUACAAAAAGACUCCGAAAACAGUUACCUCCCCCGCCACCCCCGAUCCCGCCUCCAAGACCACUCAUUCAGCGAAACCUACAGCCUCUGAUGAGAUCUCCGAUAUCACGGCAGCAGGACCCUCUGAUGAUUCCAGUGACGUCUUCAUCUGCCCACUCAGCUCCCUCUUUGUCUUCCUUAACUGCAAGUCAGUCUUCCUUGGCCUCUUCUGUACCUGGAAAUCCAUCUUCUACCCCAGCUCCUGUACCCGACAUAACUGCAACUGUCUCCAUAUCUGUCCAUUCAGAGAAGUCAGAUGGACCCUUCCGGGAUUCUGAUACUAAAAUAUUGCCAGCUGCAGCCCUUGCGUCAGAGCACUCAAAAGGAGCUUCUUCAAUUGCAAUUACUGCUCUUAUGGAAGAGAAGGGUUACCAGGUCCCUGUUCUUGGAACCCCAUCAUUGCUUGGACAGUCAUUAUUACACGGACAGCUGAUCCCUACAACUGGUCCAGUAAGAAUAAAUGCUGCUCGUCCAGGCGGUGGUCGACCAGGUUGGGAACACUCCAACAAGCUUGGAUAUCUGGUUUCUCCACCGCAGCAAAUUAGAAGAGGGGAGAGAAGCUGCUACAGAAGUAUAAACCGCGGGCGACACCACAGUGAAAGAUCGCAGAGGACUCAAGGCCCAUCGCUACCAGCGACUCCAGUCUUUGUGCCUGUUCCUCCACCUCCUUUGUAUCCGCCUCCGCCCCAUACACUUCCUCUCCCUCCAGGUGUCCCUCCCCCACAGUUUUCUCCUCAGUUUCCUCCUGGCCAGCCGCCACCUGCUGGGUAUAGCGUGCCUCCUCCAGGGUUUCCUCCAGCUCCUGCCAACUUAUCGACACCUUGGGUAUCAUCAGGAGUGCAGACAGCUCAUUCAAAUACCAUCCCCACAACACAGGCGCCGCCUUUGUCCAGGGAAGAGUUCUAUCGAGAACAGCGCCGACUAAAGGAAGAGGAAAAGAAAAAGUCCAAGCUAGAUGAGUUUACAAAUGAUUUUGCUAAGGAAUUGAUGGAAUACAAAAAGAUUCAAAAGGAGCGUAGGCGCUCAUUUUCCAGGUCCAAGUCUCCCUAUAGUGGGUCAUCAUAUUCAAGAAGUUCGUACACUUACUCUAAGUCGAGAUCCGGCUCCACGCGCUCGCGCUCUUACUCGCGCUCAUUCAGCCGCUCACACUCGCGCUCCUACUCACGGUCGCCUCCGUACCCCAGAAGAGGCAGGGGCAAGAGUCGCAAUUACCGGUCCCGCUCUCGGUCCCACGGGUAUCAUCGGUCCAGGUCGAGGUCACCCCCGUACAGACGCUAUCACUCACGAUCGAGAUCUCCUCAAGCAUUCAGGGGACAGUCUCCCAACAAACGGAACGUACCUCAAGGAGAAGCCGAGCGUGAAUAUUUUAAUAGGUACAGAGAAGUUCCACCACCUUAUGACGUGAAAGCGUAUUAUGGGAGGAAUGUGGACUUUAGAGAUCCCUUUGAAAAAGAGCGUUACCGAGAAUGGGAGAGAAAAUACAGAGAGUGGUAUGAGAAAUACUAUAAAGGUUAUGCUGCUGGAGCACAGCCUAGGCCCUCCACGAACAGGGAGAACUUCUCUCCGGAGAGAUUUUUAUCACUUAAUGUCAGAAAUUCACCCUUCACAAGAGGUCGCAGAGAAGAUUAUGUUGGACAAAGUCAUAGAAGUCGAAAUAUAGGUGGCAGUUACCCAGAGAAGCUUCCAACAAGGGAAGGUCACAAUCAGAAGGAUAGUACAAAGUCCAAAGAGAGGGAAGGCGACAGUGUUCCUGGAGAUGGUAAAGGAAAUAAGCACAAGAAACACAGAAAGAGAAGAAAAGGUGAAGAGAGUGAAGGCUUUCUGAACCCGGAGUUGUUGGAGACUGCGAGGAAAUCGAGAGAGCCCGCAGGUGUUGAAGAAAACAAGACGGACUCGUUGUUCGUUCUUCCAAGCAGAGAUGAUGCCACACCGGUUAGAGACGAGCCGAUGGAUGCAGACUCCAUCACGUUCAAAUCCGUGUCUGAAAAGGACAAGAGAGAAAAGGAUAAACCAAAAACAAAAGGUGACAAGGCCAAACGGAAGAACGAUGGGUAUGCUGUGUCCAAAAAAGAAAACGUCGUAAAACCUGCUAAAGGACCCCCAGAGAAGCUAGAUGGAGAGCGUGAGAAAUCUCCUCGGUCUGAACCUCCACCUAAAAAAGCCAAAGAGGAGACUCCAAAGACGGACCCCGCUAAACAGUCAUCUUCCUCACAGAAGGAUGAGAAGAUCGUGGGCACUCUCAGGAAAGCGCACUCUAAAUCUGCAAAAGAGCACCCAGAGACAAAGCCGCUCAAAGAGGAAAAGGUGAAGAAGGACUACUCCAAAGAUGUCAAGUCAGAAAAGCUAGCUAAUAAGGAAGAAAAGGCCAAGAAGCCUAAUGAGAAAAACAAGCCGCUUGACAGCAAGGGAGAAAAGAGAAAAAGGAAAACUGAAGAGAAAGGUGUAGAUAAAGAUUUUGAGUCAUCGUCCAUGAAAAUUUCUAAAGUAGAAGUAACUGAAAUAACGAAACCGUCACCAAAGCGCAGGAUGGAACCUGACCUUGAAAAGGCGGACCGGUCCCCAGAGAAGGACAAAAUUCCAUCCUCAUCUGCCCCAGCCAAAAAAAUCAAGCUCAACCGAGAGACUGGGAAAAAAAUUGGGAGUACAGAAAACGUACCUAGUGCAAAAGAGCCCUCUGAGAAGUUGGAGUCCACCUCCAGCAGAAUUAAACAGGAAAAGGGCAAAGGAAAGGCCAAACGGAAAGUCACCGGGACUGAGGGAUCCGGCUCGACUCUUGUGGAUUACGCCAGUACGAGCUCAACUGGAGGCAGUCCUGUGCGGAAAUCUGAAGAAAAGACAGACACAAAGCGAACUGUAAUUAAAACUAUGGAGGAAUACAAUAAUGACAAUACCGCUCCUGCUGAAGAUGUUAUCAUCAUGAUCCAGGUUCCUCAGUCCAAGUGGGAUAAAGAUGACUUCGAAUCUGAAGAAGAAGAUAUUAAAUCCACACAGCCUAUAGCAAGUGUGGGGAAGCCUUCUAGUGUUAUAAAAAACGUUGCUCCUAAGCCAUCCAGUGCAGGUAAGUACACGGAGAAAGAGAAUGAACCAUCAGAGAAAAUGAAACUAACGAAGGAAAUGAGCCAUGAAGUUCUGCAGCAUGAGGCAAAAAGUUCAAAAAACUCUGCGUCUAGUGAAAAGGGGAAAACCAAAGAUCGAGACCAUUCAGUAUCAGAGAAGGAAAAUCCUGAGAAAAGGAAGAGUAACACUCAGCCAGAGAAAGACAGUAAUCUGGACCGUUUAAAUGAACAAGGAAAUUGUAAAAGUGCAUCUCAGUCAUCUAAAGAGUCUCGAACUUCAGAGAAGCAUGACUCCAGUCGCAGCUCCUCGAAUAAAGACUUUACUCCCAGCAGAGACAAAAAGCUCGACUAUGAGAACAGAGAAUAUUCAGGUUCCAAACGGAGAGAUGAAAGAAAUGAGUUAACAAGAAGAAAAGACUCUCCUUCUCGGAAUAAAGAUUCUGCCGGACAGAAAAAUAAGCCAAAGGAGGAGAGAGAUUUGCCUAAAAAAGGAACAGCAGAUGCCAGGAAAAGUUCUAGUCCCUCGAGAGACAAAAAACCUCAUGAUCAUAAGUCACCUUAUGAUACAAAACGUGCAACUGAAGAGACAAAACCUGUAGAUAAGAAUUCCUGUAAGGAUCGUGAGAAGCACGCAGCAGACGCGCGGAGCGGCAAAGAAUCAAGUGCCGGGAAGUUGCCGUACUUACUUAACCCGCCAGACCCACAGCUAGAAAAGGAGCAGCAGCCUGCUGGGCAAACUGACAAGAACGCUGUAAAGCCUAAACCCCAGGUCAGUCACUCCUCGCGACUUUCCUCCGACCUGACUAGAGAAACUGAUGAAGCUGCUUUUGAACCCGACUACAAUGAAAGUGACAGUGAAAGUAAUGUGUCUGUGAAAGAAGACGAUACUUCUGGAAGCAUUUCCAAGGACCCGAAAGAGAAGACGAUGGAGAAAGCAAAAGAAAGCCUGGACACGCCAGCAGUCGAGCAGGUGGGCGUGAGCAGGAGCCAGAGUCAAAGCAGCCCUAGCGUUAGUCCAAGUAGAAGUCACAGCCCUUCGGGAAGCCAGACCCGGAGUCACAGCAGCAGUGCCAGCUCCGCAGAAAGUCAGGACAGCAAGAAGAAAAAGAAAAAGAAGGAAAAGAAGAAGCACAAGAAACACAAAAAGCAUAAGAAGCAUAAGAAACAUGCAGGUACUGAAGCAGAAUUGGAAAAAAGCCAAAAACACAAACACAAGAAAAAGAAGUCAAAGAAGAGCAAAGAUAAAGAGAAGGAGAAGGAGAAGGAUGACCAAAAAGCGAAAUCUGUCCCUGUGUAAAGGGCAGAUUUUUUUUUAAUUGACUUAAUUACUAAGUCAUCUGUAUUAAAUUUUGUUAUAAUGUAAAGAGAUUCAAGCCUUGUAAAUAAUGACAUGGAAGACCCUGUGCUGCACUUAAAAUAUUGCUGCUUGAUUAUUUGAUUUUUACAUCAGAGCUUUAUAACACGAACUUUUGUACAGAAUUGUGAGUUGUGACCAUGUAACAUGAGAGGUUUUGCUAGGGCCUAUUAUUUUUAACCACCAUUAAUUAGUUGGGGUGGAGUUUACUGUGAAAUUUUCACAUUUGAAUUUUUUUAAUUGCCUGGCAAAAGCUGAUAGAAGUUCUAAAAUAUCAGCAGAAUGAUUUGCUGAAUUCAUUACAACCCCGUUAUGUGACGUUUUGAUUACAAUAAAAGUUUUCAGUAAACUUUUCAAA